CCACUUAAAAUUUCUAACCCAUCAAUCACAAAACUCAAAUUCCGAUUUCUGUAAUUCCGGUUUCUGUUUCCGCUCCUGAAAUUGUGUUUUACAGCAAUGGCCGAAGUGUAUUCACCAAUGAUGAGCGACUCAUCAUCAAACCACUUCGACAUCGACAAACUCACCAACGAUAUCUUUUCAAUCCUCGAAAACAAAUUCCUUUUCGAUUCUAAACAAACCAACUCAAAAUUACCAGUGGAAGAUUUAGUCGAGACACUAAAAGCCAACAAACACGAUGUGGGCAAAGUUCGUGUACUCUCAAUUGACGGUGUCGGUUCAACAGAUGGAAUCCUCGCUGCAAAAUCACUAUGUCACUUAGAAUCCAAACUCAUGAGCAUAACAAAGAAUUCAGAUGCUCGUGUUGCUGAUUACUUUGAUGUUGCUUCGGGUUCGGGGAUAGGUGGAAUUCUCAUCGCUUUGUUGUUCACCCGUGGCAAAGAUGGAAGACCGUUGCUAAAGGCCACUAAAGCGUUGCAGUUUCUCGUGAAAAACCGUAAGCGUUUGAAUAACACUGGCAGUACUUCCAGUGGGAUGUUCGGAAAGAUGUUUCGGGCAUCGGCGAAGAUGGAGAAAAUUUUCAGACAGAUUUUCGGUGAAUGUACUUUGAAAGACACAUUGAAACCAGUUUUGAUUCCUUGUUUUGAUCUGAAAACAAGAGCAACGUUUUUGUUUUCAAGAGCCGACGGUUUAGAAAACGACGGUUAUGACUUCAAGAUGAGGGAAAUUUGCGUCGCUACCUCUUCAGAUUUAACGGUUAAUGGUGGUUUUGAGAUGAAAUCAGUUGAUAAGAAAACAAAGAUAAUGGCCGUUGAUGGUGGUUUAGCGAUGAAUAAUCCAACUGCUGCUGCUAUUACACAUGUACUGAACAAUAAACAAGAGUUUCCAUAUUGUGACGGCGUUGAGGAUUUAUUAGUUGUUUCUUUAGGAAACGGGGAGUCAGAUUCCGGUAAUCGGAAUCUUACACUUUCUUCUGCCGGAUUUCUCAAAAUUGCCGGAGAAGGAGCUUCCGACACGGUUGAUCAAGCUGUUUCAAUGGCAUUUGGAGAAUACAGAACGAAGAAUUACGUUCGAAUUCAAGGAAAUACAGGAAUGACUAGUCCCCAAAGAACCCCGGUCAGAAACCCCAAUGCAGUGUCAAUGGAUGGGAGAAAACUAUUGGAAGUUUCAGAAGCAAUGCUGAAACAAAAGAAUGUUGAAUCAGUACUUUUCCGUGGGAAGAAAUUGGUGGCGACAACAAACUUGGAGAAACUAGAUGAAUUUGCUGGACUUCUAGUUAAAGAACACGAAAGAAGAAAAUCGAGCAUUUUCGCCACGGUUAUGUUUAAACAUGCCUCACCAAGAAGUUCUUCAGCUACUGUCUCAACUGAUUUUUCGUGGUAAAUUUAUGAUUCCUUAGGGAUCCCAAUUUUUAUCCUCUCCAGUGUUGUGCUGGCCUACUUCUAAGAAUUUGAGUCGGGGUUAGAGCUGAGCCACAUGUUUAUACAAGAAAUUUACUACGGUGUAAUUUCAGGAUUAUUUGUUGUUUAAUAGCGUGCUUUAUUUGAGCUAUUUUUCAAAGCUUUAGUCAUUUUUAAGAGUUCUCAAAUGUAAUUUAGUGAUGGCAUGGAAUGGAAGGAAACAUUCUUUUGCCAAUUGUCUAGAGUUUAGGUGUAUUAUAUCAUCGAUCGGUUGUAAGUGACUUUAAGUGUUAGUAAAGAAAGAGGAGCAUACUAACUGUUA